AUGUCCGAUAUCGACGAGGAAGAGGCGGCCCUCAAGAGGCAGCUCGAGAGUUUACCUCCGAUUCGUAUGAAGCAAUGUGACUUUGAUGAUGAGCAGACGAAUAAGAUUCGAAUCCUGGUGGCGGAAGCUCUAGGCAAGCACAAGUUGUCAAAAGAAGUUGCUGAGAGUAUCAAGACGACCAUGGACCAGGACCCAGAGUUCAAUAUCAUACCCGGCAAGGGGCCAUGGCACUGUGUGGUUGGUAAGUCUUUUGGGGGCUCGAUAGCCCAUGAGAGAAACCACGCGGUUUUAUUCGAUGACAUCAACUCCGGCAACACAAUACUACUCUUCAAGUCUAUGGGAGCUCAGUCGACCAUCAUUGGUGAGCAUUCUCUUCAGAUGGUCUUCGCUGUGAAUGUUGUUAUUCAGAUGGGAAUUCACAUACGGACGCGGGAGGGGAUAACGCAGUUGAAGGAGGCUGAUCAUUUUGUUAUUUACAUGCUCUAUGUGUGA